AUGGCCGCUAAGUCGGACGGGAGGCUGAAAAUGAAGAAGAGCGGCGACGUGGCGUUCAGGCCGCUGCAGAACUCGGAGCCGUCGGGGCCGGGGCCGGAGACGGAGCCGGGGACGGGGCCGGGGCCGGAGAGGGAGCCCCCGUGUCGGGGGUCCCCGUCGCGGGGGGUCCCGCCGCCCCCCUCGCCGCCCCCGCCGCCGCCGCCGCCGCCUCCGGGCCCGCGGCGCUACUCGGCCUGGGACUGCCUGUGGCUGGUGGCGGCGGCGGCCGUGUACCUGUCGGACGUGGGCACCGACGUGUGGCUGGCCGGCGACUACUACGCGCGGGGCCAGCGCUGGUGGUUCGGCCUCACCCUCUUCUUCGUGCUGCUCGGCUCGCUGUCGGUGCAGCUGUUCAGCCUCCGCUGGCUGGCCCACGACCUGGCCGCCGACGAGCCCGGCGGUCCGGCCCCGGCCCCGCCCGCCGCCCCCGGCCCCGGCCCCGACGGCAAGCCCCGGCCCGGGGGCGACGGCUCCGCCCGGGCCCCGGCCCCGGCCCCGGCCGGGCCCCCCCGCUCCUGCGCCUGCUGCGUCUGCCUCCUGCACACCCUCCUCCACAUCCUGCAGCUCGGACAGAUCUGGAGAUAUUUCCACACGAUAUACUUAGGGAUCCGCAGCCGCCGGAGCGGGGAGAACGACAGAUGGCGUUUUUAUUGGAAGAUGGUGUACGAGUAUGCAGAUGUGAGCAUGCUGCAUCUGCUGGCCACCUUCUUGGAGAGUGCCCCUCAGCUGGUCCUGCAGCUCUGCAUUGUCGUCCAGACUCACACCCUUCAGGCCCUCCAAGGUCUCACUGCCGCAGCCUCCCUCGUGUCCUUGGCGUGGGCCUUGGCCUCUUACCAGAAGGCUCUCCGGGACUCCCGCGAUGACAAGAAGCCUAUCAGUUACAUGGCCGUCAUCAUCCAGUUUUGCUGGCAUUUCUUCACCAUUGCCGCCAGAGUCAUCACUUUUGCCCUCUUUGCCUCAGUUUUCCAGCUGUACUUUGGGAUUUUCAUAGUCCUGCACUGGUGCAUCAUGACCUUCUGGAUUGUCCACUGUGAGACGGAAUUCUGCAUCACCAAGUGGGAAGAGAUCGUGUUCGACAUGGUGGUGGGGAUCAUCUAUAUCUUUAGCUGGUUCAACGUCAAGGAAGGAAGGACACGCUGCAGGCUCUUCAUUUACUAUUUUGUGAUCCUUUUGGAAAACUCUGCCUUGAGUGCCCUCUGGUACCUCUACAAGGCCCCACAGAUCGCGGAUGCAUUUGCCAUCCCAGCACUGUGCGUGGUGUUCAGCAGCUUUUUAACGGGCAUUGUUUUUAUGCUGAUGUACUAUGCCUUCUUUCACCCCAACGGACCCCGAUUUGGGCAGUCGCCAAGCUGUGCUUGUGAGGACCCUGCGACUGCCUUCACUCUGCCCCCAGAAGUGGCCACGAGCACCCUGAGAUCCAUUUCCAACAACCGCAGCGUGGCAAGUGACCGGGACCAGAAAUUUGUGGAGCGGGACGGGUGCACCCCCGUCUUCCAGGUGAGGCCCACCGCCCCCUCCACUCCAUCGUCCCGGCCGCCAAGGAUUGAAGAAUCAGUCAUUAAAAUCGACCUGUUCAGGAACAGAUAUCCAGCGUGGGAGAGACACAUAUUGGACAGAAGCCUCCGGAAGGCCAUCUUAGCUUUUGAAUGUUCCCCUGCUCCUCCGCGGCUACAGUACAAAGACGACGCCCUGAUCCAGGAGCGCCUGGAGUAUGAAACCACGUUAUAAAAACGGGAUGAACUUGGAGGUGCUGAAAUGUUGCAGCCCGAGCUGAGGGUGGACAGAAGGGCUGUGGCAGUAACAAAACUUCAUCCUAAGGGAGAGCGGCGGGGUGGAGCGCUGCCGGUCUGGCCGACAUCACGGUUGUCCUUUGAGCUGUUGACCGCAGAGGGUCUGCUGCGGGACUUUUUCGAAGCAGCGGCAUCGCCUGAGAGACGCAGUCACGUCCCCAGUCGCAGCUCGUGACUUUUCGCUGCGCCCGAACUCCUGCACAGUUCUUUCAAUCCAUCAAAACCGUAGGAAGGUUUAUGGGGAAAACCUGCCUAUAACCAAUGGGAUAUUUUUAAGAGGGUAACUGAUAUUUGUGUAGACACAUAGUCAUCUCUCCCACUCCAUCACACAUACAUACGCACACGCACGCGAGCGUGCACACACACAGACACACACACACACAGCCUUCUGUCAAAAUGGGCAGCAUGCCAAUACAAAACUCUUUUCCUGAAAAAAUGAAACCAGAUUCUCGAGACUCCUGAAAACAAACCUCUACUGUGUGGAAUAGAUUUGCAAAUUGCUUAACUGAAAAAAAAUAUAUGUGUGUGUGUGUGUGAAUCUACCAGGGGGCUGCAAACAAAAGCCUGUUUACACAAGUGUUCAUAUGGAUGGAAUGGUUAGUUUUCUAUGAAAUUCAGGAUUUAUUUUCACUUAAAAGUUCAGUUGAAAGCAUCCUUCUUUGAGAGAAAUCCUAUGCAGUACGUUUGUGACUUUCAAAAAAAAAAAAAGGCGCUCUAGUACUUAGUCAUGUAAAUCAAAUGGUAAUCAUGGUUCAGUAUUCAAUUGCAAAAAAAAAAAACAAACAACAAAAAAAAAACGAAGAAGAAGAAAAAAAGGCAAAAUUGAAAGCCUGGGUUCCACAACCUCUGGAGACCAGGUUUAGUUGGUAAGGGGCAAAAAGCACCUGGAAAUGAAUACUUGGAAGCCACUUCAGGGCUGAGAAUACAUGGCUCUGAGUGUCACGUGUGACCUGGUGCGAAUCAAGAACGUGACACGCCAUAACUUCUAGUGCCAAACAUUGCAGAACUACAAGACUGAUAUUAAAACCUGAGGGAUUGAGAAUGAGUGGCAUGACCCCUUCACAAGCAGGAAGCAAGAAAAAAUGAUGAAGUUCUCCAAGUGUACAGACAGCUUGUGUUUCGGUUGUUUUUAUUUAACCCCCACCUGAGGUGAAAGUGAUGUGUCUUUUAGAGGCUUUGAGCCACUCAUUAAAACAUCUUGGAACUUGUCAAGCUUUACUCGAGGUGAUUUGCAGUUAAUUCAACAGACAUUUUAAUCUUGCAUAUUUGUGACUUGUAAUAUUGUAAUCGAGCUACUCCAAGCAAACAUUAAUCAGUGAAAAAAGGAACACCACUUUCAGUUUUGUGCCAUUCUGCGCCUAGGGCUGAAGCAAAAGACCUACAUGAAAUAUAACACUAAUAAAUUCAUGCUGCCUAAUUUCUCAUCAUUCAUGUUAUGAAUAUGCAUAUUCUUCAUUUGUUUUUGCAAGUAAGCACUGUUUUGGGGGAAAUGGAUUGUUGGGCAGCCAAUUGCCUCAUGAUAUCUUAAUGGGAUCCAGGCAUUGUCUUUAAAUUGAGCCAAAUCCAGUAAUGGAUGUGAACACAAAUCAAUGUUUCCUAUUUACAAGGUGCUGUGCAUGAAAAAAGGUGCUGCCUUUAGUCCAGUUUUUAGGGCACAGUUAUCAAUCUUAAAAUAGCCCAUUUUUUAAAAAUCAACUUGGACCUUGAAGGUAAUAUGGAACUACACUGCAGUUCUCUCCCUGGGACAAGACCAUCCCAAGUCCAAGUUGUGGGUUUUGACUGUGGAGAUGCUCACUGUCAAGCCCCAUUCCAUGUUUGUUUUGGGGGUAUAAACUUCAGUGCCUAAGCUCAUCCACAUGACCUCUUUUGGAUACUUAAAAUUCACUUCAAAUGGACAGCUCACCCAUUCUUGCUUACUGUUUAAAAUAACUAUUUAGUUUGUCAUCUAGAAGAUAUGUUCUUUUUUCUUCAAGAAAGAUCAACACUAUUGUUCGAAAGGGACUAGAACAGACUGAGAUGAUAUCAACAAGAAACAUGGAAGAUGUUCACAGGUGAUUAUUCUUCAUGAGCAUUCCUGCCCUGAAAUACUGGACAGGUUUCUAACUUGUUAGAGGGACAGUGUGCUGAACCCAAUCCAGUGAAAGUCAUCGUGCCCAUCUUCAGGCUGGUCAUGCAGUCUACAGAAAAAUGAGCCGGGUCAUUCUAAAUUGUUACACAGAAGAGUCUCCUUAAUAACAUGGGCCCGUCAUUAAUGAAGAAACACCAAGAAUGGAAAAUGCCAAAAGCCUGAAGCUUCCUCUCAACCCUCUCAGUCACCUCUGGAUCAUUUGGACUAAAACACCAUAAGGAAGUUGUAUGCUCCAACCAAUGCCAAGAGAUGGGUUCUCCAGAAAUAUUUAAUUGGUCCUUGGUCCAAGCUCUGAAUUCAAGAAGGAAAAACAAUGUUACUUCCCACCACGUUGCGUAUUUUUAAAUGUAAAGUCAUUGAUCGUGAAGUUGCCCCUACCAUCCUACUUGAAGUGUCAGUCUAAGAUAACUAGUUUUCUAAAAACCCAAAGUAACCAAGAUAUCCCCCAAAUUCCUGUGAAACCACUUGAUGUUUUUGACCGAGGUUAAUGUCUGAGCAAUAAAACCAUCCUCUUAAAGGAGGUGCUGGAGGGGAGGACUACUCAAAUUAGGCAUCUAGAGAGUCUCCCAAAAAGGACACACCCAUUUGUGGGUCCGCAACAUUUGGCUUUCUUUCAGAGCAGUGAUUCGAGAGAGCCAUGACACUCCUCUGACUGUGGAGGUAGAUAUUUUCUUCCAAGAAAAUCAACCUAGUAGAAACAGGGCAUGAAAUUUCUGGAAAAAGAGUUUGAAGAUAAUGACCUCAAAUCAGAGGUAGCCUUAUUCUAUUCUGAUAGGGAAGAUUCCCCAGUGAUAAUUCUCCCUGGUCACUGACCCUCUGCUGCUAUAUGGCCUGGCAUGCCAAGGACUCUGGGUGGAUUUUAAGGCAAGCUAUUCUAAGUUAUUCUAAGUCACUUUUGCUUAAGAACAUUUGUAAUUUAAUUACCCUAGAUUUAAAUAGUAAUGCAAUUCAGGGUUACCAUGGCCUUAUGUAUCAUCCUACUGUAAAGUUAUCGCCACAUCACAAUAUUCCUUUGUUUUCACUAAAGCAGGUUUACAAUUUUAGCUGAAUCCUUUAAACUGGAUCUAGAGCCUGCCAAUCCCCAAACCACUGUAAUCCCUGAUGAGAAAAAUCACACAAGAAAAGUGAAGAGUUGAGGCACUUUCCAGAGAAUUCACCCGACAGAGAUACACUGGAUCACUUUUGAUGAAUGCUCUACCUUUCCCUCAGUAACAAGGCUGUUCUUUCAAAAUUAUCCAGAAAAUUAGCUAACUCUCCACUUCCCUAUGCCUUCUGUGGGGAAGCUCUUUCUCACAUCCUCUCAAUGUUCUCCUGUUUGCAACCAUAGUUGGCAGAGCAAAUGAGCAUUCCAGGUUGAUAACAUGUCUACAACAGAUGAAAUACAUGGCUAAGUACUUAUUUUGUUUAAUGUCCGAACAGAUCCCAGCUCCUGCUUAGUGACUCUAGUGAUCCAACCUCAUUUCAAUCCAAAUAAAGAAGAAUUUGUUGGGGGGAUGGGGGCGGUUGUUGUCGUUGUAGAUGAAUGAAUCAGCCUGGUUUGCCUUAAGAUCUCUCUUUGGGUCUUGUGGUAGAAAGGGCAAUCAGUCUGUGAUACUGAGUCGAAUGUGUGCUUCCUGAUUUACCCAGAUGGUUGUAGCUGUUAUUCUUCUUCCAUUCCUCCCACCCCAACCUUGCCUGGACUGGGAAUGGGGAGGGGGGUGGCAGGUAAAAAAUGAAGUGUGAGCCAAAUCUGAGAGAUUCUUUGCCCAUCUGGUGGAUCCAGUCCAAGGACCAUGCCAAGGUGAAUCUGAAAACAGGGCUAGUAGCCAUGGGUUCCUUCUUGAAUGGUGGUGUCUACCCCAGCCAGUCCCUCUGAACGCAUUGGGGAAGGUGCCAACGCCCAGGUUGCCCCAUUGGGCUUGUUGAAUAAAACAGAACUUUCGACUGAAACACCCCCUUUGAAUAAAAUGUGCUUGCCUGUUUUGGACAUGCUAUGAAUGUUCCAGUCAUGUAAAGGAUGGAACUUCAUUUCCUCAUGCAGUUAUCUACUGCCAAGUUCAUUCAUUCAAUCGUAUUUAUUGAGCGCUUACUGUGUGCAGAGCACUGUACUAAGUGCUUAUGUAACUUGCUGCUAAAUAGUCUUUUGGAGUGGAGAAAGAGGAGUAAAAAUCUUAUAGCAAAGCGGCCUCUAAUCCACUUGGCAAUUAACUCAAAUCAUGUAAAAUCAGUGGGUCUUUUGGGUUUAACAUGUAUGGGCCAAGGGCUUAUCUAGCACUGAACAUUUUUAGAUCAACAACCCAGAACUCUUUCCUAAUGGGAAUUUAUCCUGAAACAAGCAUUUCUCUCCCCUCCACCGCCCCUAGAUUUAGUUUUCUGGUUUGACCCUUUUCAGUACAAAAUGCACUCAAUAGGUCUGUCCUUCCCAUUUAACACAAACUCAAAGUGUGCGACAUUGUAUUUUGAUUUACCGGCAGGUUCCGGGAAAAUAGGAAGCUCUAAAAGAAAACAUCCUCUAGACUGUGCUGUUACCCCAAUAUUCAUCUUGCUAAUUUAACACCAUUUUCAGGCCCUGCGAAGUAGGGGGAUUUUAAAAUGCUACUGGAGCAAAUAGCAGUUUUUCCCCAUUUAAAGAAAUUCCAUGUCUGAGUUGUUUUUUUUUCAAGCUGGUCCCUUCAUGUUGAAUGAAGCGUGAAUGAUUUCCUAAUAGAGAAGCACUGAGAAACGGAAAAGGAAUAAUCAGAGGAGAAUUCAUUUUCCUGAUGGGAGCCUUGAGAUGUGUGUUCCGACUCUUGUACUGGAUAUACGUAAGUGAUUUGAGAGCUCGUCUAAUGCACGGUGCUGGAAAUUGAGCCCUGCAGUCAGCUCUUCACAAUGACCUUUUGGUAUGGCUUUGCAUUGGCAACAGUGGAUAAUUCUGCUGUAUGAAUGGUGCAUUUUCCAUUAUUGACCAUUCAUCACUUGGCAGCGAACAGGUGAAGUUCAGAGCCAUUUUUUCCGCACCCUGUGGCUUUGUAUGUCUUCAGAGCUGGUCGCCCAGACCUUAAUCGCGGGACGUGAAGGGUUUUCAGAUAUGCAAGGAUUAGCUGAGACUGGAUUUCCAAAGAAAUGCCAAAUGAGCAGGAGAUACUUCAGGUUGGUCUGCCUUAGCUGAUUCUGGCCAGUUUGACACAGUCCUAUGGAGUGGGUAGAUUAGUUUCACGUUUAGUUUCACAUUGAAUUUCAGAUCGAGACAGUCCCUUGUCUAGAGGGAUUUUCCUGCUGUGUGGGAGUUCAACCAAUCAAUCAAUGGUAUUUGUUGAGCGCUUACUGUGUGCAGAGCACUGU